AUGGUCCCUCCGGGAGGUCGUGUCGUCUGCGGCCGCUAUGUUCCAGCCGGUACGCGCGUAGACAUCCCACUAUACGCGAUUGCGCAUCAUCCGGAUAACUUUGUUGAUCCUGAGGAGUUCGUGCCUGAGCGAUGGUUGGAGGGCAAGGACCUGCCUGCGAAAUAUGCUGGUGAUCGGAGGGAUUGUGUCAAGGUGUUUUCAGCGGGGCCGAGAGACUGUAUUGGCAAGAACCUUGCGUACCCCGAGAUGAGGCUUAUUAUUGCCAGUCUACUGUACAAUUUUGACCUUGAACUGGCUGAACCUAAUUUUGACUGGUUGGACCAAAAAAGCUAUGGCAUUUGGGAUAAGCACCCUCUCUGGGUCAAGUUGGCGCCUCGCAAACAUGAAAAGGCCAUGUAA